AUGGGCACGUGUAUAAGCAAAAACCCAGAAUCGACAAACUCCGGCCAAAUAAUAAUACACCCAAAACAUAAUAAACUUCAAAAGAAACGAAGAUCACAACGAAGAAAACUAGAAGGUGCCCCUAAUAACAAUCACGACACAUCACUAUUUCCACCUCCAGGAAAAACUUGUCUCACAUGCAACCAACCAUACACGACGCGCAGUGUUCGCGGAUGGUGUCAACCGUGUGAAGCACGUCGUUUCCAGGACGAUUUUCCAAACUGGAAUACUGGGAAUGCCGCGUUAGAUAAUUUUAUUAGAGAGUCACAGUUGCAGAAUAGCAUGCCGAAUCGCUUUUUGGAGUGGAUUCCGUUCGAUAAAUUUCAGGGCGUAAGAGAAAUCGGGAGGGGAGGUCAUGGAGUGGUGUAUAAAGCUACUUGGCAUAUGGGACCAAAAUUGUAUUUUGAUGAGAUGAAGCAAUAUUGGGUUCGGGAAGGUGAAACUAAAGUGGUGCUAAAAAGAUUGUAUGCUUCACAACUAGCUAAUGAAGAAUAUUGGAACAAGUUGCAUUCGCAUCGAUCUACUCAUAGUAAAUGUGUGCCAAGGUGGUAUGGACUCAGUCAAGAUCCACAAUCACGAGAAUACAUAAUAGUAUCACAGCCAACGGACGUUGACUUACGACAAUAUCUGCGUGAAAAUUUCAAGGAACUAACGUGGGAGAAAAAGCUCGGAAUCGUAUACAACAUACUGCACGGUCUCAUGGAACUUCAUAACUCACGAAUAGUUCACAAGAACCUCCACAGUGGAAACAUACUACGACAAUACAACGGCUCGCAAUCACUCACCUUUAUCACAGAUUUAGGCCAAUCGUCACACGACGCGAAACUGGCAUGGGAAAUAUGUGAUGGACUCAGACCCGAGAUUGUAGUCACAAUGCCAAUGUGUUUCGUCGAAUUGAUGGAACAGUGUUGGCGAGCUGACCCAAAAGAACGACCGGAUAUACGUAGUCUUGAGAAAACUUUAAUGUCUUGGGGAUGGCAUAUGGGACUAUCUCAGAAACAAAAAAUUGCUGAACAAUUUGUCGCCGCGGAACAAGAUCGUCUGAAAGCAAUCGAAGAGGCUGGUGAUAACGUGAUGGAAUCUGCGUUCCCAGUGUUGCAUCCGAAAGCUAUUUAUUAUAGUAGACGUUUGAAUUUCCCGGAUUUACCAGAUCCACGUGAUCGAACAUUGACAUCUGUUGCUUGUAGUAAUGACAUUUAUAGUGUUUAUAGUAUUUAUAGUGAGAGCGAAUAUGCUAGUAGUUUUGUUAAUUCUAUCAAUGAGAAUAACAAUAGUGAUGUUGGAAGUGAAGAGAAAAGAUACUCGCGAGCUUUCCUUCGUGAAGGAUUGGCAACAGUAACAACAUUUCGUUUGGGUGUUAAUAAUGGCAAUGAGCUUGCGGGAAGGUCAUCACUCUAUUCAAUAGAAGCGACUGAAGAUGAAGGUUAUGAAGAAGAACACAAGCUAAGUUUUCCGAUCACGAUAAGUAAAAGCAUGGCGUCUGAAAUCAAGAACAACAACAAUAGUCUUGAAAUAUCACUUGUGGUUUAUAACGAUCGAAUAAACUCCAAGAAAUCGUCAUCGUCACUUCGAAAAGAUAAAGACUCACAACGUUGUGGUGGGGGAAUAGAGAUAUAG